AUGUUGUCUCUGUAUGUUAAUGCAACUGCAAAUUUUGUGCAUUUCGCGCGCGAUUUGUCCAAGCCGGCGCGUGCUUUACUUUUAACCUGUAAACAAACGGUGUUGCACGGCGUCCAGACUUCGGUGGUGUUUGUUCUUUUGAAUUUGUGCUGUGUGUACUAUAACUGCAUUGAUAAUGAAUCAUUUGAACUGUUGACGCCAAAUUUAAUUGAAGAAUUAAUCCCCAAAGUUGGAUUACGUCUUAAGUUUUUGAGGCAUUUUAAUAAAUUUUGUGGAUCCUGUAAUCAGUCUGAAUUUGGAAGAUCUGUGUCACACAUAAAUAAUGAUAAUACUAGUUCCAUUGUCAUUCCAAAUUCAGAUCUAGAAGCAACUUUAACAACUGUUGAUUCAAGUUUUCAGUUAUUUGAGCCAAUACUAGUGCAGUCGAAUGUACGAGAAUUUUCUAAUAUAGAGAUUGAAGAUGUUACACUGACUGCAAACAGUGAACAUUUAGAAGAUGCAAACAGUAAUGUACUGGAAAAAGACUGUGUGCAACAUAGAGAUCUAAAAAAUUUGAUAAACAGAACUGUGCAAGGAAAAAUUAUUUUCCAUGCUUUUCAACAACAUAAAAGAUUAUCAGCAGAGCAAAGAAACAAACUUACCGAACUUGUUAUUGAAAAUGAAUUGGAAGGUGAUUUAAAUAAAAAAAUUUCCUCAGAACGAUUUGAAUCUUUGGCAGAAUCAAUAUCUCAAUUUUUUCCUGGAGAAUGUAAGGAGGUUUAUUACAUGAAAGUUAGGGUAAAUAAAAAUAAUAAUUGUAUUCGUUUCGUUGGACGAGGUAAAUUGUUUUGCAAAUAUUAUAACCUAAGAAAGCAAUUGAAAUUAGCUGGUGCUAUACCUUGCAAGAGAAAACUUCCUGAAUCUGAUAAUGAAGAAGGGUCUGAUUCAGAAGAUGAUGCAGAUCAAAUAGAAUAUUUGGAAUGGUUAAAAAGAAAUAAGGAACCGUUUGACAAAGUGCAAGACCUGUGGAGGAAAACAUUGAAAAAUAGACAAGUAAUGCUAAAAGAUUGUUCGAUAAGCAACUACUUCAAAAAAUUUUUGGCUUUAUGUGAAGGAAAUGGCUACAUUUUGCUAAAUAUAGAUUAUGAUACAAUCUAUCCUGAAAACAAUUUCUUGUACAGCAAUUGGCAAGAUUUCUUUAAGAAAAUUGUAGAGUAUGCAAAACUACACAGUAAGGACAAACUUGUUCAACGUUUGUUGGGGGAGAUAGACAGCAACUCAUUACCAGAAGAAAGUAAGUACAACAGAAUUUUAAAAAUCUUACCCUAUUUAGUUUGCCCUGUGCCUGUUGCUCGAAAAUGGAAACCCUCCAAAGCUGAAAUUGACCAGGCGUUUAUUCUCCAUGUCAAUAACAUUCAAGACUUACAUGGGGAAAUUGAAAGGCGAGAAUCUAAGUACCAAAAUCUCAAAUUGACAUUUCAACCAACUCCCAUCAUUGUUGGAAAGGACCUAGACAGUGUUACUCACUGCUAUGUAAAAAUCAACAGUGUCCUUUUCGAAGUGGAAACACCAUUAAAGGCCGUGGAAGUAACGUUUAAAGCCAUCCAUGUAUUGAACGCACUUUAUGCUGUAGAAUCAGAACAGGUAUGGUUGCUUAUACAAAAAGGUGUAUUCAAGUUGAACACCAAAUUUGAUAAGCAAUAUACUACAGUUAGUUUAAUUUUAUCAAAUUUGUAAUUUCUUUAACAUAAAUUAUACGUUGUUACAUUUUCCACUUUGGCAUACUAAAUUUUGUUACUAUAGAAGCAUAUUGUCAUCAUCCCAGCUUAAUAAUAACCUUGAUUUUUGCAAAAAUGAAAUGCUUUGAGUGUGGUGGUCUAUAUUCUUUAAGAGCUCUCAUACUUCAUUUAAAAAUAAAUCAUAAAUAUAAUGAUUUCAGUACAUACCAUUGCAGAGAGAGUGAUUGCCUCAGAACAUUUAGCAAUGCCCAUUCUUUUCGAGCACACGUUAAAAGAAAACAUGAAAUUGCUGUUAAUUCAACUACAGUCAUUUCACCGAAUCUAAAACGAUCUAAAAUAGAAAUUGAUCAAAGUCAUGACGUAGAUUCAUCAGAUACCCAGUCAUUUGCAAAUACGGAAGAGGAUCGCCUUGAUGCAUUUAGGAAGUUAGUAAAAGAACAAGCAAUACUACUGUUUGCUAAAUUAUAUAAUUGCUCUUCGAUUCCCCGCUGUUAUAUUCAGAUGAUAGUUGAUUACUUUUCUGAAUUCUUAAAAAGUGGUCUUGUGCCCCUGAUAAAACAGCAACUUUGUGGCCACAAACAACACAUGACAAAAAUUGAUGAAGUUUUAAAAAUUUUAGAAAAUCCUUUUAAUGGUCUACAUACUGAAUAUUUGCGUUUCAAAGAAUUUGAACAAGCUGACAAAUUUAUAAAACCUUUGACUUAUGACAUCGGUAAAAACGUGAGUAAUGCUGAAGAGUAUGUCAUUCCUCAAAAAUCUAUUAGUCAUACUGCCCAGUUCAUACCACUGCGCGAGCAACUGAAACAAUUAUUUGAGCACUCGGACUUCUAUGACUGUGCUAAAACUUACAUGAAAGAACUUAAUAGUGAAACAAGAACUGUAAGCAAUGUCAUGCAGAGCAAUCUUUGGGCUACGAUAAAAAAUAAAUUUCCAAAUGACAUUACAUUGUUACCGUUAUGUUUAUACUACGACGAUUACGAAAGUGGGAACCCAUUAGGAUCUCAUGGGGGCCAACACAAAAUAGGUGCGGUUUAUAUUGCUCUUCCAUUCAUACCUCCCGAGCAUGCCUCAAAGUUAGGCAACAUUUUUUUAGCAUUGCUUUUUCAUUCCGAUGCCAGGAAACAAUUUGGUAACGAGUCAGUAUUUAAAAUAUUAGUAGAAGAGUUGCGUUACUUAGAAUCUGAGGGAAUACUGGUAGAAACUGUAAAAGGGAGUGACAGAAUAUACUUUGCCCUAACUUUUGUUUUAGGAGAUAAUUUAGGUGUUAAUGGAAUAUUGGGCUUUUCAGAAAGUUUUUCUGCAAAUUAUUUUUGCAGAAUCUGCAAAUUAUCUAAAACUGAAACACAAACCACUUUUAAGGAAAAUACUACAGCUUUAAGGAAUGAAGAAAAUUAUAAUUCUGAUUUGGAACAAAAUAAUUUUUCCAUUACCGGAUUAAAACAGGAAUGCAUUUUUCAUUGCUUAAGGGCCUUUCAUUUGACUGUAAAUGUGUAUGUUGAUUUAAUGCAUGAUUUAUACGAGGGAAUUUGCCAUUAUGAUUUAAUUUUGAUUUUGAAAAAUUUUAUUGAAAACAAGUUUUUUACUUUGAAAAAUCUAAAUUACAGGAUAACAACAUUUGACUUUGAUGCCAUGAAUGUAAGUAACAGGCCUCCUAAAAUAAGUCCAGACUUUUACAAGAAAGGCAAACUGUCAAUGUCAGCAUCAGAAAUGUUGUGUUUUGUUAGGAUCUUUCCAUUUCUGGUGGGGGAAUAUGUACCACACAAUAAUGACUAUUGGAAUUUAUUUAUUUAUCUAAAAAGUAUAAUUGAAAUUGUUUCCAAUGACUCUAUUGAUGCAUCAAGUAUAAAUUUAUUGGAAUAUUUUAUUAUGGAACACAAUCAGUUGUAUGUAAAUUUAUCAAAAUCCACCCUUAAGCCAAAGUUUCAUUUUCUUUGUCAUUACCCAGGCAUUAUGAGGAAAGUUGGGCCUUUGAAACAAAUUUCAUGCAUGCGGUUUGAGGCAAAACACCGCGAAUCGAAAAUGACUGCUAACAUAACCUGUAAUAGAAAGAACAUUACCAAAUCGUUGGCUCUUAAACAUCAGCUAAAAGUUUGCUUUCGAUUAUAUUCUUCCAUAAGCUUUCAAGAAUUAGCAUUGUACAGUUUGCCAGCCAAAAUACACAAUAUGAACGAAUUUUGCCAUUUUAUUGGACCCCUUGAAGAGCACUAUUUUCAAAAAGAAUGGUAUUAUUGUAAAUGGCUGGAAUUCCAAGGUAUAAAGUACAUUUAUAAUGCAAGGUUACUUCUCGAGUCAAGGAACAGUAAACCUGAAUUUGGUACCAUUGAAAUGAUUCUUAUAAACGAAAACAAUAAUAUAUACUUUCUCAUAAAUUUAUUAAAGACAUUAUAUUUUGACGAUCACAUUCAAGCAUAUGAGGUGGGUAGUAAGAAUUGCAG